AUGACAGUAACAAAACAAAAUCUCUAUUAUGAGAAAAAUGUUAAAGGAAUUGUAAUACAGUAUGGAACACCGUAUUUUGCACAACGUAUAGCAAGUUUAACAUUAGAUGCUAUGAUUUAUUUAUCUGAUAAUGAAUUUACUCGUGUUGAGCGAGAACGAAAAUUAGGAACUUUAUUAUGGCCUGAUUGGCAUUAUGGUGUACUCAGUAUGUAUGGGACACAUUUAGCAGUAAAUCAUUUAUUAGUUUCUGAAAAACUUGAUAUAAAAAAAGCAGACGAAUUAUUAGAUCAAUCAACAACAAAUGAAAAUCCAGAUGAUUUAGAAAAAAAUCAUCGUUUACAUUUACAUUGUUGGCAUACAGAUAAAACAUUUUCAAAAUUUCAAUUUAAAGCUGGAAAAUAUAAUCAUAUACAUCCACGUACACUAAUUCAUGAUACAUCAGCUCAAGCUUAUACUAUGAGAAUGGCAUUAGAGUCUCGAUUAAUGACACUUGAUGAGCUUGGGCAACAAUUACGUCUUAUUGGUGGUAACAAAACAAAAUAA